AGGGGUGUGUGUCAAGGGCUUCGCUUUUGCUUUCGCAGGAGUCGCGGAAGGGAGAAUCUCUCCCACCCCUGGACCAAGAGAGCGGCGGACCUGCGGGCAGCCGGAGCUCACAGAGCCCCCGUGCCCGGGCACUGGCGGAGCGGGAGCUGAGCUGCCUGGCUGGGGGGACCCCUGUGGGAUGAAGCCUGGUGGGGUGCCUGCUUCCCGGUGAGCGCUCCGACCCUGGGCCGGCGUCCGUGUAAUCCCGGGCCGUUUCCCUGGGCCCCAUGGCUCCGGUUCGGAGCUGGGGGGCCGGAGUAAUAAUCCUGCACAUGCUGCUCCGUGCGGGCUGGGGAGCUUACGUGCUGCACGUGGAUGUUUCGCAGGUUGAAAGGCCCCUGAAGCACUUCUGGAAAAGCACCGGCUUCUGUCCUCCUCUACCUCACAGCAGAGCGGAUUUAUUUGACCUCAGUAAAGACCAAGAACUGAACCUUGCCUAUGUGUCUUCGGUACCGCAUGGUGGCAUUGAACAAGUUCGAAUUCACUGGUUACUGGAACUCAUUAUCGUUGGAGUGACAAAUGGAAAACUUCACUACAACUUUACCAGUCUGGAUAACUUGAUGGAUAUUCUCUGGAAAAACAAACUCAUUCCAGGAUUUGAAUUGAUGGGAAGCCCUUCAGGAUACUUUACAGAUUUUGAAGACAAAAAACAGGUUAUAAAAUGGAGGAGCCUAAUUGCACUUCUGGCCAAGAGAUACAUAGAUAGAUAUGGAUUGGAACAUGUUGCCAAAUGGAAUUUUGAAACUUGGAACGAGCCAGAUCACCAUGACUUCGAUAAUGUGUCAAUGAGUGUCAAAGGGUUUCUCAAUUAUUACGACGCAUGCUCAGAAGGGUUAAGAGAAGCUAGUUCUUUACUGAAAUUUGGAGGCCCGGGAGAUUCUUUCCAUCCAUUCCCAAAGUCGCCCAUCUGCUGGCAUCUUCUACAUCACUGCUACAAUGGAACCAACUUCUUCACUGGAGCGACUGGUGUGAGGUUGGACUACAUAGCCCUACAUAAGAAGGGAGCUGGAAGUUCUCUUCACAUCUUAGAGCAAGAAACAGAAGCAAUGGAGCAAAUUCAGAAGUUGUUCCCAAAUUUCACCUCGGUUCCUGUAUACAAUGAUGAAGCAGACCCACUGGUUGGAUGGUCAGUUCCACAAACGUGGAGAGCUGAUGUGACCUAUGCAGCCAUGGUGGUGAAGGUAAUCAUCCAACAUCAAAACCUGCUCAUUUCCAAAGCCAACAACACCAUCAACUACACUUUACUGAGUAACGACAAUGCCUUCAUGAACUACCAUCCCCAUUACUUCACCCAGAGAACGCUGACUGCCCGAUUCCAGAUGAACAACACAAAGCCACCUCAUGUCCAGAUGGUGAGGAAGCCUGUGCUGACCGUAAUGGGAUUGCUGGCACUGCUAGGGGAAAACCAAGUUUUUGCAGAUAUUAUCAGCAAAGACGAAAGUGCCAACACCGACACUGUUGGAGUACUAGCCACGGUGCACAGUCCUGCUGAGCUACAGCCGUCAGACAGCUGGCAGGCCACCGUACUGAUCUAUGCUAGUGAUGACAACCGGACAUCCUCGAACAUCAGUGCUGUGACAGUGAACGUUACCCAUUUCCCCAGGCAUGCAGACCUUGUGUAUGUGACAUACUACCUGGACAACAACCUAACCAAUCCCUGUUUGGAGUGGAAGAAAGUAGGAAGCCCCGAUUUUCCUUCUGUAAAGCAAUUCCAACAAAUAAGGGAAGCCGAGGACCCGGUGGUGACCGGACCAUUCCCAUUUCCUGGGGAUGGCCGCCUGAUCUUGAAACAGGAACUCCCACUUCCAUCGGUCUUCCUCAUCCAUGUCUGUGCAAGACCUCACUCUGUUCCCAAUCAAGUGACAGGCGUCCACUUGAUCCCUCUGACAAAGGGGCAGGUUGCAGUACUUUGGGACGAUGACUGCGUGGAUUCGAAAUGUCUGAAAACAUUCGAAGUUGAGUUUUCAUCAGAUGGAAAAGCAUACCGACGGAUUAAUGCCAAAGACACGAUCUUCACUCUCUGGAUCUACAGUCCAGGAACCACGGUCUCAGGCUUUUACAGAGUGCGUGCCGUCGACUACUGGAGCAAGCCAGGCCUCUUCUCCAUUCCUGUGCAGUACACUGAAGCUCUCGCAUGAGUGCAAAACCGUCCAACAGCCAGAAGAGAAAUCUG